CUUUCUUCUGUUCGAGAUUUCUCCUUCUCUUCUUCUUCUUCACUAGAUGUUUUUGAAACUUGAGGAUUGAAAAUGGACUGUUUAUAUCGAUAUCAAUUUUAUAGUGUAAUUGUUAAAAAGAAGAAGAAAACUGGCGGAUGAAUAGAGGGCCGUAAAUUGGGCCGAGCCGGGCCGGAAUUCUUAUCCAGGCCCAUUACCGCACUGCCAUAUUGGCCCGAAGCAAAUCCAACUAGGGUUCUUAUUGCAUUUCUCCGAUUCGAUUUCCGAUUAUUGCUUUGUAUCACUCCGCAUCAUGGACGGAAAUCAUGGCCAGGAAAUCAUGAUGAUUGGGAUGACUGAAAUAGAAGAUGCGAAUAAUGAAACUGAUCUGGAAACAAACUACAAUUCCGAAGCAAGCAUUGGGGACAAGCGGAAGCGAGAUGGGAAGUUGAGAUCCGAAGUUUGGCUGCAUUUCACAAAGGUCAUUCAGGAGGACGGAACAUGUGAGAAAUGCCAGUGUAAUCACUGCCGGAAGCUGUUCACUUGUUCGAGCAGAAGUGGGACGACUCAUCUGAAACGCCACAUAGAUGCCCGGAUCUGCCCCGUCUAUAAGAAAGACAAGGAUAAGACGGUAACAAUAUCGAGCUAUCCAAGAAACGGCCCUAUUCCAUGGAAAUACGAAACCUCCGCCCAACAAUGCUUGGAAGCUGAGGCCGAACUGCUACCACCGGAGAGGCUUGGUAAUCUUGAACUUCAGUCGUUCAAGACAGCCGAAGAUGACUAUGGAACUCCAGUGCCUUUACGGAAUAAACUCCCCCAGCAACCUGUGGGGAAGUCUCAGCCAAGAGGAGACGCAUGGAUGAACGAAUUCAGGACGUGUGUAGCUAAGCUCGUGGAACUGAACAGCGGGAAGGUUCCAGUGCUAUCGCCUCAGCCAUUGGCAAUUUGUGCUCCCGAUCACUCAAUAUCCGCUGCUCUCAAAUCAUUGAACGAGAUGGAGGAUAUCCCUCAGUCGAGCGAGAUGUACUUGGAUGCUUUCGAGAUUUUGCAGGAUGCUGGAGAAAGAGAGUGCUUCGUCUGCUUGCCCUCGGAGCCGCGCAGGCGCUGGCUGCAACGAAUCCUGCAUCGUCGUCAUCCCCUGCGCUAUAGCCCGAAUAUGUGACGGAUUUGUAUCCAUUUUUAGGUAUAAAUUGUUGUAAUUUGGCUUGUGUGAAGUUGCUCGCCUGAGGUGUGGGUAGGGAGGGAUUUACUCUUUUUUAGUAAUAAAACUGCAGAUAUGUCAUAAAAA